UUCUCUGACGUGCAGUCUGCGAUGAAUCACUGGGGGAUGUACAGAGAUGCUACAACUCAGCAUGUAUGCGCUUGUGUGCAUGUGUUUGCAUGCGGUACGUUUGAUUUUUUUUCGUGUGAGGGGAGGGUCGCGUCACGCCCUCCGCCAGACUGGCAAGAGGAGGACUACAAAUAAGACCGAGAUAACGGCUAAGAAGGACACAGCAUUUUCUCUGGAGCUGAAAAUUAUCUGGUAACAGACUUUCAACGAACACAGUCAUGGCUCAAACUCUCAACAUCGAUCGCUGGAACCUGGAGUGUGAGUUCAACAACACCGACCAUCGUACUGAUCUCAACGGUGUAGAUCGUCUGAUUGUGAGGAGAGGCCAGCCAUUCACAAUUAGCCUGUACCUCCGCUCAGGGACAUACCAACCUGGAGUCAGCUCUCUUGACUGCAUUGCAGAAACAGGUCCUCAACCCUCUGAGCAGUAUGGCACAAGGGCCUCCUUUGGUCUGUCUGCCAAAAUUGACACUUCCUGCUGGAGCGCCGCUGUCACCAGUCCCCCUGGAGAAAUGGUGGCCCUGUCUAUCUGCUCUGCCCCUAAUGCACCUAUAGGCCGCUAUACCCUGACCCUGGGGCAAUCCGGGCAGAUUGAGUUUAUCCUGCUCUUUAACCCCUGGUGCCAAGGAGAUGUAGUAUACAUGGACAAUGAGAAGAGUUUGGAAGAGUAUGUUCUGUCUCAGGAUGGAAUCAUCUUUCGAGGCUCCAACAAACAUCCCAUACCUACUCCCUGGAACUUUGGCCAGUUUGAAACUGGAAUCCUCGAUAUCUGUCUGAGGAUUUUGGAUAUGAAUCCUAAAUGUCUGCGUAAUCCUGGCAAAGACUGUUCAGGCAGAAGAAAUCCCAUUUACGUGUCCAGAGUGCUUAGUGCUAUGGUGAAUUGUAAUGAUGACAAAGGAGUGGUGCUGGGAAACUGGACAGGCAAGUAUGACGGAGGUGUCAGCCCGAUGUCCUGGAGGGGCAGUGUGGAGAUUUUGCGGAACUGGGACACACAGGCCUGUCAGCCUGUUUGCUACGGACAGUGCUGGGUGUUUGCUGCAGUCGCCUGCACAAUUUCCAGAGCACUUGGCAUCCCCUGCAGAGUCGUCACCAACUACUGGUCAGCCCACGACAGCAACAGCAACCUGAUGAUUGAACGCUACAUUGAUGAAAAUGGAAAACUCUUGAAAUCUGGAGAAAUGAUCUGGAACUAUCACUGCUGGGUGGAGAGCUGGAUGACCAGGCCUGACCUUAAAUCUGAUUUUAACGGCUGGCAGGCCAGUGACCCCACACCCCAGGAGAAAAGUGGAGGAGUGUACUGCUGCGGCCCCGUCCCGCUCAGGGCCAUCAAGGAGGGCGAACUCACGUUCAAGUAUGAUGCCCCGUUUAUCUUUGCUGAGGUCAACGCUGACGUCAUCACUUUCAUGAAGAGAAAAGACGGCAGCACAUCAGAAGUCACUACCUCUACAGUGGUGGGCCAGAAGAUCAGUACGAAGAGUGUAGGCAGUGACGACAGAGAGGACAUCACCCAUCUCUACAAGUAUUCUGAAGGCUCUGCUGAAGAGCGAGCAGCUUUCGAGAAGGCCAACCAUCAAAACAAGCUGCUCCAUCAGCAGCAGAAUCAAGGCCUACAACUCAUUAUCAAACCCUCAUCAGAGAUGAGGAAGGGCUGCGACUUUGACGUAUAUGCCGAGGUUAUUAACAAGACAGACAGCGUCAAGAAGUGCCGCCUGGUGUUUGGAUCCUGUGCUGCGUCCUACAAUGGGACUCUGGGAGAGAAUUGUGGCUUUAAAGAUCUGCUCAAUGUUGAACUCUCACCAGGAGCAGGGAGGAAGGUCCCACUAAAGCUGAACUAUUCUAAGUACAGUAGCGCACUCACUGAGGACAACUUAAUCCGUCUGGCUGCUUUGUUGGUUGACUACAGCACCGGAGAGGCAACGCUGGCAGUGAGAAACAUUGUACUGGAUAAUCCUGAGAUCAAAGUCAGAAUCCUGGGUGAACCGAAGGAGAAUCGGAAACUGGCUGCAGAGAUCACUCUACAAAAUCCUCUGCCAGAGCCGCUGGAGAACUGCUGCUUCAGCAUUGAGGGAGCCAACCUGACUGGGGGGCGCGCCAUCUCUGAGAGGCUGGGCUCUGCAGUGGGACCUGGGGAAGAAGUCAAGGCUAAAAUUUACUUCACUCCCAACCAUUCUGGGCUGAGAAAGCUGGUGGUCAACUUUGACAGCAACAAGCUGUGUCACGUUAAGGGCUACAGAAAUGUCAUCAUUGGAAAAUAGAGUUUAUCAACCUUCACGGCCCAUCAGACAAAAAGAGGAUGAAGCAUGUUUUACAUUUAAAUUGAUAUUAGCUAACAUCAUUCUUACUUUUUUGCAUAGUGUUUAAAACAAAAUGCUUUUUCUGUCCAAAUACUUUACUUACUGUAUACUGAAGAUUGAUAAUUUUUUUUGUUCAGAGCCAUAAGUAUUUUAAUGUGACCUGUGAACAUUUUUACUCAUUUAAACUAAUCAAAUCUGUGCAUGCAAAAGUUAAAAACUGUAUAUCCACCAUCUCUUUUCACAUUCUGAUGUGAUGAUUAGUAUUAUAAGUACCAUGUACUAUUUUUAUAUUUUCUAAGUGCUACAAUUAAAAUAAUUGUUUCUUAUUUUUCAACCAUAUAGACUGUCUUCACACAGACCUUGAAUAUGUUGGACAAAAUGUAUUCUACCUGGAGCAUAGAUGCAACAUGUAAAUGUAUUUUUAAGUUUACACUUCAAGACAUAUAGUCAACACAUAACACAUAAAGCAGCCUGUAGCAAAGAUGACGAAGCAUCUGGUGUGGACUUUGUGAAGUUGUUUCACCUUGUUGUUGAUGUACAAUGAUCAAGUAAUAUUAACAUGAACAUAUGCAUUAAGUUAGACAGCAUGCAGCCCAAACAUUUUUCAAAAUCAGAAGAUGGAGGGCAUCUCCAAAUGUAGCAAAUGUGCUGGUUUUAAUGUUUCACAUUUUGCCUGUAGUAUGUAGCCAAUAACACAUUAAAGAUAACACUUGUGACUAA